AUGACUCGGUUUCGCCCUUGUAUCGACUUGCACGCGGGCCAGGUCAAGCAGAUAGUGGGAGGAACCCUGAGCACCAAGCCUGGGGAACUAAGGACCAACUUCGUCUCUGAGCUCUCAGCGGGCCAUUUUGCGAAGCUAUACAGAGACAAUGGGCUAACGGGUGGCCAUGUUGUGAAACUCGGGCCGGGAAAUGAUGACGCUGCUAUCGAAGCUCUAAGGGCAUGGCCUGACGGCCUACACAUUGCUGGUGGGAUUACAGACAAGAAUGCGCAGUACUGGUUGGAUGCUGGCGCCGAAAAAGUAGUGGUUACGUCUUAUCUCUUCCCAGGCGCUCGAUUCUGCAUCGAUCGGCUGCAGUCUAUUCUGACUGCUAUAGGAGGCGAUAGGUCAAAAUUAGUCUUGGACCUUAGCUGCCGCAGGCGGGGGGAUACCUGGUUUGUCGCCAUGGACAAAUGGCAGACGGUCACCAGCAUGGAGAUAUCUCAGGAGACCAUCGGUAUGCUCGAGCCGUACUGUUCAGAGUUCCUAAUCCAUGCCGCGGAUGUAGAAGGGUUACAGCAGGGUAUUGACGAGGAGCUCGUGUCCAGGCUUGCGGAAUGGUGCACUAUUCCGGUCACGUACGCUGGCGGAGGACGAGGGCUAGAGGACCUUGAGCGUGUUGAGGAGAAGAGCAAAGGGAAGGUCGAUCUGACGAUAGGGAGUGCUCUGGAUAUCUUUGGAGGUUCCGGUGUCACUUUUGAGCAGUGUAUCGAGUGGAACAGGCUAAACGGCAGCUAA